CGUUCCCUCACACACGAAAACCAUUUCUCCUGCUCUCCUUCCUCAUCAACUCUCCAUCUGUCUGUCUAUCUGUCUACUCUCUCUCUCUCUCUCUCUCUCUCUAACACGCACAUAUUCUCAACCAAAUCUCUCUCUCUCUCUCUCUCUCCUCUUUGUCUCGUAGCCAUGCCUGAAGCACCAAAACAAGCGCCGACACCAGCCGACUACAACCUCCAUGACAAGAACAAGAAGGCCCUCCAGUUCAUCGAGGACGUCACGGCCAACCCCGACGAGGUCCAGAGGCGGGUCCUCGCGGAGAUCCUCUCCCGCAAUGCUCGCGUCGAGUACUUGCGCCGCCACGGCCUCGUCGGCCAGACCGACCGCGAGUCCUUCAAGAAGACCUUGCCCGUGAUCACCUACGAGGACCUUCACCCGGACGUCGCUCGUAUCGCCAAUGGCGACAAGUCUCCCAUCCUCUGCUCUCACCCCAUUUCGGAGUUCCUCACCAGCUCAGGGACGUCCGGAGGAGAGAGGAAGCUGAUGCCCACCAUUGAAGAGGAGCUCAACAGGAGGUCACUGCUCUAUAGCUUGUUGAUGCCUGUGAUGAGCCAGUAUGUGCCUAAUCUGGACAAGGGCAAAGGCAUGUACUUUUUGUUCAUAAAGUCAGAGGCCAAGACGCCGGGUGGGCUCGUCGCCCGACCCGUCCUCACCAGCUACUACAAAAGCUCUCACUUCAAAGAGAGGGCCUAUGACCCCUACACCAACUACACUAGCCCCAAUGAAACCAUUCUCUGCCCCGACUCCUACCAAAGCAUGUACUCCCAAUUGCUCUGUGGCCUUUGCCAGCACAAGGAGGUCCUCCGGGUCGGGGCCGUUUUUGCUUCCGGGUUCAUCCGGGCGAUCCGGUUCCUGGAGAACCACUGGGCCCUCCUGUGCCGCGACGUCCGGACGGGGUCCAUCAACCCGAAGAUCACCGACCCGGCCGUCUGUGAGGCCGUGAUGAGGAUCCUCAAGCCGGACCCGAAGCUCGCGGACUUCAUCCAGGCCGAGUGCAGCAAGGACUCGUGGCGCGGGAUCAUAACCCGGCUGUGGCCGAACACCAAGUAUGUGGAUGUAAUUGUGACGGGCACCAUGUCACAGUACAUUCCCACUCUGGAUUACUACAGCAAUGGACUCCCUCUCGUGUGUACCAUGUAUGCCUCUUCCGAGUGUUACUUCGGGGUCAACCUUAACCCUCUUUGCAAGCCGAGUGAAGUGUCCUACACAUUGAUCCCCACCAUGGCCUACUUCGAGUUCUUGCCCGUGCACCGAAACAACGGAGCCGCCGCCAACUCGAUCUCGAUGCCCAAAUCGCUUAACGAGAAGGAGCAGCGGGAUUUGAUCGAUCUCGUCGAUGUCAAGCUUGGCCAAGAGUAUGAGCUUGUUGUCACCACCUAUGCUGGGCUUUAUCGCUACAGGGUCGGGGACGUGCUCCGGGUCGCGGGGUUCAAGAACAAGGCCCCUCAGUUCAACUUCAUAUGCCGCAAGAACGUGGUCCUGAGCAUAGACUCCGACAAGACCGACGAGGUCGAGCUGCAGAACGCGGUGAAGAACGCGCUGAACCAUCUGGUCCCGUUCGACGCGACCGUGGCCGAGUACACUAGCUACGCCGACACCUCGAACAUCCCGGGACACUACGUCCUAUUCUGGGAGCUCAGCCUAAACGGCUCCAACCCGAUCCCUCCUUCCGUCUUCGAGGACUGCUGCCUCACGGUCGAGGAGUCGCUCAACAGCGUCUACCGCCAGGGGCGGGUCUCGGACAAGUCGAUCGGGCCGCUCGAGAUCAAGAUCGUGGCGCCGGGGACGUUCGACAAGUUGAUGGACUGUGCCAUUAGCUACGGAGCGUCGAUCAACCAGUACAAGACCCCUAGGUGCGUCAAGUUCGCACCGCUCUUGGAGAUAUUGAACUCGAGGGUGGUGUCCAAGUACUUGAGCCCGAAAUGCCCCAAAUGGGUUCCGGGGCACAAGCAAUGGAGUAACUAGAGAGAGAUUCUCUGAUGAUGGCAGAGUCUAAAGUAAAGAGAUUUGUGAUUUAAUUCUGAUGGUAGAUUGGACUUGAAAUGGUUGGUCCAUCAAGAACUGUUUCUUCUAAUUAUCUUUAGGGGAAAAAGUCAAGCACCUUUCUUUCUUUCUUUCUCCUUAGGUUAACCCAUGUCUCACUUUUUUCUUUUCUAAUGCUUUAUCUUUCCCACUUCCUCUU